CAGUGCAGGGUCGUCUCGCGCACAUCCGCCCCGAGCGUCUCGGCGGUGGAGUCGCAACGCGAUGCAGGCCACACAGGCGGUCGUGGUCUCGCUGGGGCCGUUGGCACCUGCGCGAGCGGUCGGCCGCGGCCGCCGCCGCCGCCGGCGGCUCGGCCAAAAGCUGUGCGCGGGUGCCUCCGUCUUUGUGCUCGGCCAGCUGGUGCUGCACCGCUCGAUGACGGCCGAGGGCGACGCCUCCAGUCAGGCCGCCACAACCGACAGGCCAGACCACGACUCGGCCGCCCGUGUGACCCCGCCUGCCGGCGGUGAGGCGAGUGGCAGCACCGCCGACCUCGACGCGCUCUACCCUCCUGAGGACGGCGGCUGGGGCGACGGCGGUGGCGGCCCGUGGCUGGACGCGAUACGAGACGCUUGGACUGCCUCGCUCGGUGGCAGCGGCGGCGGCGGACGUGGCGGCGGAGGUAGCGGCGGUCGGACGUUGCCUCCGCUGCCGCGCCUGAUCCACCAGACGUGGAAGGACGCCUUCCCUCCGCGAGAGCUCUUCGCGCCGCGCUGGCGCGCCUCCCUGCAGCGGGUCAACCCCGGCUGGUCCUAUCGGCUAUGGGGACGCCGACAACCUCGAGCUCGUCCGCUCCCACUACCCCUCCUUCCUGCCACUGUACCAAGCAUACCCCUCGCCGAUCCAGCGGGCCGACGCGGCGCGCUACCUGCUCGCGCACAAGCAUGGAGGCGCCUCUGCCUGCACCUCGGCGUCUACUUCGACCUCGACUACGAGUGUUUCGCACCGCUCGAGCCGCUCGUCGCGGGCGCGUCGCUCGUCCUCUCCUACAAGGAGGGCUCCGACUUUGCCAAGGGCGCCUCCAACUCCGUCUUCGGCUCCGCCCCAUCGCACCCGCUCUGGGCGGUGGUGCUGGACGUGCUGCGCAACCGCUCGCGCACGCCGCUGUCGGGUCACACCGCCGUGCUCUUCUCGACAGGGCCGGCGGUGCUGCGCGAGGCGCUGCGCCGGCUGCUGCGGCUGCGGCCGGGCGAGCAGAUCUCGGCGCCGAUGCUGACGCGGCUGCGCGAGACGCUAGGCAUCGCCGUGCUUGACUCUGCGCUGCUCCACCCGGUGACGGCCGAGCGGAGGGACCUGUCCAAGGCGUCCGCCGAGGGUGA